AUGGUUUGGAGAAAGUUGCCUAUCUUGGAAUGGAGCUCGGAGAUGGCUCAAUCUGCGACGUCGGCAGCGCUAUAUUCCACCAGUUGCUUCUUACGCCUGGCCAUUGGACAGCUCAUUAUCGCGAUGAAAACGGCGUACGAAAGCAUAGGCAUAUUCCUUCUACCCUACGGUAUAUUUCAGCUCUUCGCAAUCAGCGUCCUCCUUCCUGCAUAUUUUGCACGAGUCUUGACUGGCUUGAUUCCAACCAUCCUCGGAACGAUCUGGUGUCUUAUUUUCCCGUGGGAUAAGCUCAUUGAACAGACCGAGUCCAGUCGGAGGCAGUCAGCAAUGUUUGCUCAACUUCAGCUUGAGGGAAAAUAUAUUUUCAGAGUUGGUGAUGUAGCUAGGGUCAACCGAUCUGGAACGGAGUGGAUGAGCGACAUUUUGUGGGAGGAACACACUGAGGAGUUCGAGGUUAUGCCUAGACUUCGCAAGGAGGGCCAUGAAAUUUACGCACUCGAUUGGAUCGGCCAUGGACGGAGCGACAAGCCCAUACAUAGGGAAUCUGUUACGUUUGAGCUUCACAUGCAAACAGUAAUGGCAUUUGUUAAUCAUGUACAGCUCCAAGGCGCUGUGCUGGUAGGACACAGUUGGGGCGGCUAUGUUGCUCUAUGUUGCAUUCCCCACCUGCCUUCGUCAUCAUGCAGUGGGCUUUUCCUCAUGAACUCAUUCAUGCCAUGCCAGCCCAAAGGAAUGGGCAUAGAUGGCCGUAUUAUUUACGGGUUCCGCUUUCUCCUCAGUCGAGUUCUAGAUGGCUAUAUUUCCCAAUCGACUCUUACGCGGCUCUUACUUUACGAUGUUCCAAGGCGAGAUGCUAAAGGCUAUGGUGCACCUUACCGGGACAUACCGGCGAAUGCUCGACCAAGUUUUGAGCCUUUCGAUCAUAUAAGUAUCGGGGUAUCGCCACACAUCCUGAGAUAUAUGCGUGAGAAGCCAUUGUGGAAGGCUUGUGAAGCCAUUUGCCCAAAAGGGUUCGCUGGUCUGAACAGCCUAGCCCUUCUAUCAGAGAGAGUUGACAGUGCAAGUCGUUACGUGCUGGAAAAUCGAAGUGGCGACAAGAAGGAGGGUACCGAAGGCCGGAUUAGAAGUGCCAUUGUGUUUGGAGAACACGAUCCGUUGGGAAGGGGUUACAAGAAAGCCCUUGCGUGUGAGAUUGGAAAAGGGAAUAUGGUGAACUGUGCACUAAACGGUAUCAUGAUCGAAAAUGCUGGUCACUACCCCAUGGAGGACAAGCCGGAGGAUGUGGCACAAUUGAUAGCUAGAUUUGUCUGA